AUGUCUCACACACACACCGCUGGAUUUCUGCUUCUCAUCGCUCUCUGGGCAUUAGUCUACCUGGCCCACUUUCCCUACAUUGGGCCACACACUCAUUUCCCAAGAAGUGCGCAGAACAACAGCCCAAGCUUCAACGGCUCUUGGUUUUCACCGGACAAUACACAGAUCAAUGACCUCGAAGCCGUGAUCAAUGGCACCGACGUGUUCGGAUUCAUAUUCAGCGAUGUCUACAACCCGCCUGGCAAUGCUAGUGAUGGAAUACGCAAUUGGUGCAAUAUGCCCCACGUCAACUCGGACACCUAUCCCGUGCCUCCUGUAGGUUAUUCACUGGAGUACGUCGAAGUGAUUCACAGACAUCACAAACGUACGCCGUACGCUGCCAAUACCUUUCCUCGAGAAUCUUACGCUUGGGAUUGCGAUGAUGAGGGCCUAUUCACUUAUGGCAAACCAUUGAAUCCAAGCGGGAAGGAAUCGGUUCCUACAUACUGGUCAGUGUAUACGAGUCCCUCAAACCCAUUCGCCCCACAAGGAUUCAAUGGGACCUGUCAAUUCCCACAGAUCACGAGAGGCGGUUUAGAUGAUAGCUGGCAGCAUGGCAAAGACCUCUUCAAAGUUUACAAAGACAGAUUUGGCUCCCUCCUCGUCAACUCAAGCGACCAGGUUUCAUAUAGGGUCACCAACAAUGUCAUUACCUCUCAAGUCGCAGGUAUGGUAGUGGCUGCGAUGUACGAGUCUGUCAAAAAGGAACUUUCACUGGCGCUUCAGCCGGCGAGCAUCGACUCUCUAGAACCAACAUAUACCUGCGAUGCAGGCGCUGCCUUGUACUCUUCGUAUGGGGUUGGAAGUACGAAUCCCAACUGGACGGAACACUUGACUGCCUCACAGCCGCUGUUCGAUAUUCUAGAUAAUAUCUCCGGCGUCGCACCCAACGACCCAGGUUUCCACCAGUCGUGGGACCAUUACUUUGAUAAUCUCUCUUCGCGACUAUGUCAUGGAAAGCCGUUACCAUGCAAGAUCAGCAAUUCAACAUUUUGCGUCACCGCCUCCACUGCGAACGCCGUCUUCCGCCUCGGCCUCUACGAAUACUCAUAUAUCUACCGCUCCUCCUCUCAAAGCCUUCCCGCCAGUACCGCCAGCUACGGUGUCUAUGUUGCAGAAUUAGCUCAAAACAUCCGCGACAGCAUCAGCGGCGUCAGCCCUAUCAUAUACAAACACAACGUCGCCCAUGAUGGUAGCUUGGCGAUGUUGCUGUCAAUACUGCAAGUCGAUGUAAUGAUAUGGCCUGGCUUGGGCGCGGAGGUGGUGUUUGAGAUCUAUAACAAGAGUGGGGAGAGGUUCGUGAGGAUUCUAUGGGGUGGGGAGUUGUUCCGAAGCUCGAAUCCGGUGCUUGGGCUUGUGGAUAUGCUGCCGGUUGAUACGUUAUUGGAAUACUUUGAUGGACUUGUUGGGGUUGGUGCUAGUAAGGUCCCUGAGCUGUGUGCGAACACUGGCUAG